GUUGAGCUUGGACGAAUCCAAUCGCGAAGGUGCGUUUCUGAUCCUCAUCUCUUGCUUCGAUUUCUCCUCUUCAUCUCCAUUGUCUACCAUUGGAUCGAUCUAGUCUUGCGUUGCGAGGCGUGGGGUUUCUCCUCGGGAUAGGUUCUAUACGAUAGUAGUUCUCUAGAUUCGUAAAGAGUCAGGAAGAAUGUCGCCGGCUGAAUCAUCCCGCGAGGACAAUGUUUACUUGGCCAAACUGGCCGAGCAGGCAGAACGAUAUGAGGAAAUGGUUGAGUUCAUGGAGAAGGUCGCGAAGACGGUGGACGUGGAAGAGCUCACAGUGGAGGAGCGCAAUCUCCUUUCUGUAGCCUACAAAAAUGUCAUUGGGGCACGCCGUGCCUCGUGGCGCAUCAUCUCCUCCAUCGAGCAGAAGGAAGAGAGCCGCGGCAAUGCGGGGCAUGUUUCUUCGAUCAAGGACUACCGUGGCAAGAUCGAGACUGAGCUCAGCAAGAUCUGCGACGCUAUUCUGAGAUUUCUUGAUUCCCAUCUCAUACCUUCUUCCACUGCUGCAGAGUCCAAGGUGUUUUACUUGAAGAUGAAGGGGGAUUACCACAGGUACAUCGCGGAAUAUAAGACUGGAGAUGAGAUGAAGGAGGCUGCAGAGAGUACACUGCAAGCCUACAAAUCUGCUCAGGAUAUUGCCCUGGCUGAUCUAGCUCCAACUCAUCCUAUAAGGCUUGGCCUGGCUCUUAAUUUCUCAGUGUUCUACUAUGAAAUUGUGAACUCUCCCGAUCGGGCUUGCAGCCUUGCAAAACAGGCUUUUGAUGAGGCUAUCUCAGAGUUGGACACUCUCAGUGAAGAAUCGUACAAAGAUAGCACAUUGAUCAUGCAACUUCUUCGUGACAACUUGACCCUAUGGACCUCUGAUAUCACUGAGGAUGCCGGAGAUGAGAUCAAAGACGCCCCAAAGCGUGAGUCCGAGGAAGGACACUAACAGGAAGCAGGCUCGCGCUAUGACUGAUGCUCCUCGGUACCUUGAAUUCGUUCUCUUUCACGUACUCUGUGUGCUAGAAUUUCCAUUUGAACACUCUUGCUCAAGAAUGUGGAGGACAGUAACACGAAGCAUUUGAGUUUGUGGUUCUUCAUUCUA